CCAGGUCUCCACACCUCUCUCAGCAGUUACUCCCUUUAUCUUUCCCUCUGGUCAAAACUUUUGAACGGGGCUGGCUGGAUAGCAAAGGGAGAGGGUAAACCGGGGCGCAGGUGGGAGCUGCUUCAGCACCUCGGUCAGCGCCCGCCGCAGCCCAGCCCACCGUCCUACUCGCAGACACCCAGCUCUGAGAAUGCCUGCGGAAUGAUCGCCCCCCAGGGCGGCCGCCGCUGCAGCCGCUCCCGCUGCUGCUCCAGCCACAGCCGCUGCCUCCACUCCGCUCUGACUGGCAGGCAGAAAGUGCAACUGCUAGGGGAAGGUCUGCAGUGAGUGGAGCGGCCACAUAAAAGAGAGUACAGAGGGGCAAAAACCUACAUCAGAAUGCAGGCGACGUCCAACCUACUCAAUCUCCUGCUGCUGUCUUUGCUUGCUGGAUUAAAUCCUUCCAAGACUCAGAUUAGUCCCAAAGAAGGGUGGCAAGUGUACAGCUCCGCACAGGAUCCUGACGGACGAUGCAUAUGCACAGUGGUUGCUCCAGAACAAAACCUGUGUUCCCGGGAUGCCAAAAGCAGGCAACUUCGCCAACUGCUGGAAAAGGUUCAGAACAUGUCCCAGUCUAUUGAAGUCUUAAACUUGAGAACUCAGAGAGAUUUUCAGUAUGUUCUAAAAAUGGAAACCCAAAUGAAAGGGCUGAAAACCAAGUUUCGGCAGAUUGAAGAUGAUCGAAAAACACUCAUGACCAAGCAUUUUCAAGAGCUGAAAGAGAAAAUGGACGAGCUCCUGCCCUUGAUCCCCGUGUUGGAGCAGUACAAAACAGAUGCCAAGUUAAUCACCCAGUUCAAGGAAGAAAUCCGGAAUCUGUCUGCCGUCCUCACUGGGAUUCAAGAAGAAAUCGGUGCCUAUGACUACGAGGAACUACAUCAAAGGGUGCUUAGCUUGGAAACCAGACUUCGUGACUGCAUGAAAAAGCUGACUUGUGGCAAAUUGAUGAAAAUCACAGGCCCAAUAACAGUCAAGACAUCUGGAACCCGAUUUGGUGCUUGGAUGACAGAUCCUUUAGCAUCUGAAAAAAAUAACAGAGUCUGGUACAUGGACAGUUAUACUAACAAUAAAAUUGUCCGUGAGUACAAAUCAAUUGCAGACUUUGUCAGUGGGGCUGAAUCAAGGACAUAUAACCUUCCUUUCAAAUGGGCAGGAACUAACCAUGUUGUCUACAAUGGCUCACUCUAUUUUAAUAAAUAUCAGAGUAACAUCAUCAUCAAAUAUAGCUUUGAUAUGGGGAGAGUGCUUGCCCAACGAAGCCUGGAGUAUGCUGGUUUUCACAAUGUCUACCCUUACACGUGGGGUGGAUUCUCUGACAUCGACCUAAUGGCUGAUGAAAUUGGGCUGUGGGCUGUGUAUGCAACUAACCAGAAUGCAGGCAAUAUUGUCAUCAGCCAACUUAACCAAGAUUCCUUGGAAGUGAUGAAAAGCUGGAGCACUGGCUAUCCCAAGAGAAGUGCAGGGGAAUCUUUUAUGAUCUGUGGGACACUGUAUGUCACCAAUUCCCACUUAACUGGAGCCAAGGUGUAUUAUUCCUAUUCCACCAAAACCUCCACUUAUGAGUACACGGACAUUCCCUUUCAUAACCAGUACUUUCACAUAUCUAUGCUUGACUACAAUGCAAGAGAUAGAGCUCUUUAUGCCUGGAACAAUGGGCACCAGGUCCUUUUCAAUGUUACCCUUUUCCACAUCAUUAAGACUGAGGAUGACACAUAAGCAAAUGUAAUUUGUUUUCAUUGAUCUAAACAGUAUCAUCUGUGAUAAACUCUAUAAAACCUCUUCUAUUUUUUCUUUAUUAUAACUUUUCAUCAUUUCUCCAAAGCAUUUUUUUAUUAUAAAGUUGAUGCUUCAAACAACAGCUGAGCCUAUCUAAACUAACCUGUUGGAAACACAUCUUAACUCCUAAAUUUACAAAGUCUAUCACAUCCCUGUUAUGAAGAGCACUAAAAAGAGCGUAGUGGCUAAAGUCAUAGUUUUGCAAAAGAUUAAUGAUCUGCCUUAUAUUAGAGUCAGAGACUAAUGAUGGCUUAAAUGCAUGAAUGUCUUUUUUUUUUAACUGCCAUUUUUUAAUGUCUUUUGCUUCACAUCAGUAAAUAUUUUGGUAGGAAUUAGGGAGAAAAAAACACUUCCCCCAUUUAUUUCUAAAAAAUAUUUAAGUAUUUUAUUUAUAUGAAGAAAUAAUAUCAAUUGUGUUGCUGUUAUACAAUUCUCUGAUGCGCGGUGCUGUACAGUCAUUUUUAAAUCUCUUGCUAACAUUUUAUUGGCAAUAUGUAUUUCUACCAUUGUAACCACCAUUGUGCAAUUUUAUCUCUUCACUUCUGUGAAAGUAAGUAGUAUUUUUUAUAAAAUACACUGAAGUUUAAUCUUAGUGCUUACUAUGGGUCAGUUUUCAACUGUGGUCAAGAAGGAAGUAUCUUCUCAGCUCACCCCUUUACACAAGCAUUAUAAGCUAGAAAGAAAAUCAAAACAGAUCCCUUACAUAGAGUCUUUAUUUUACCCCAAGUUUACUGGACCACACUGACACUAAAUACUAAAAUUUAUACAAUUCAUAUGAGUUACUCUGUUCACCCCACUGAAAGCAACUAUAUUGUUGCUAAGAUGCAGUUGAGUCACAAAAACUGGAUUUGAGUUGACUCCCAUUUAUAAUACAACCAAAUUUUGUUUUUCAUGAUUACAUAUGUUAGAGUUUUAACUUGUAUUUUACACAAAACAUGCAAUAAUGUAAGUCCUUCUGUCAGGAUUCUAAAUGGAUAUGAAGCACAUAUAAAAACUCUUAAAACAAAAAUUAAUGUCAUCUAGAUUCACAUUAUGAGCACUGGAGAGUUACUGGCAAGAUUUGUGUGAAAGAAAAUGAUAGGAAUACUUGGGAGUUGUCUGUGUGGUUUCAAUGUGCAAAUAACCAAUUCAGAAAACAAGAUGGAAAGGCAACCCCUUGUUACCUUGAUUAAUGUGUGUGCAGAAAUAAUGUAACCAAAAAGAAAGCUUUAAUGAUAUUUCAUUAAUAACUCCAAAAACAUAUAAUCAAUAUGUAUCAAAUAAAUCAUUGAGUUUGGAUGUACUUUCCAUAUAUUAAAAAUAUUACCUAAAGUAGUUUUACAGAAAUAGUAUGAAUUGGUUUUACAAUUUAAAAAGUGUAUCCUACAAUAAUUAAUAUAUAACUUAAAUUGUAAAUGUUUAGUUUCACAUAUGCACAAUAUUGUAAUUUCCUUUGUAAAGUAAGGAUAUAAUAAUUCAGAGCAUUGUGUGUAAAGAAAUCUUAAUACUUAAGAGUAAUUCAUUUCAUAUGUCACAAGUAAGACAUAAUUCUCAAAUAUCUCACUGUCAAAAUUGUAGACUUAAAUAACCCAAUCUUGAGAUUGUUAAAGUUUAACAAAGAUUUCCUUUUUCCUACAAAACGCAUGAUUUAAUGACCACUCUGGGUCCUUUUGCAAUGUUGUGUUCUCUUUUAAAAUGUUUAUAUUAGUUCUCCUCUGCUUUUAAGAGUUAGAAAAUUUAGGGGAUUCACUUGUCAUUGUACCUGCAUCACAAAAAUAAUCAGCUAAUAUUUUGUAUAUCAAGAGUUUGUAUGAAGAAAGUUUCAGAAAUGAAUGAAUUUUUAAGUAGAUGGCCUCUGAUAGACACAUGAGUCUUCAUUACUUUUUAUUUUAAUGUUGUAAUUUGAUAUCAUACACAUUCAAAACCUGGGUGAUAACAGCGUUUUUUGUGAGAUCUAAGGCUUGUAAAGCACUUUGUUUUCUAUGUAAGGUUUCAUCACCACAUCCAACUUACAGUGUAUUGUGCUGCUAGAGCAGGCACAGAUUUUAUUGUUAUGUAAGUGGGGAUAACAUGAGUUUAAAAAUGUGAUUUGCAUUACACAUUUACAUUUUAAAAUCAUUUUUCUUAAUAAAUUAUCAGUUUUGUGCCUGACAUAAGAACUUGCUUUAAUCA